UAUCAGAAUAGCAUUGCUAAUGAGUCAACCACAUAUGAUUGUGUGCAAACCACUAAAAACUACAUAGACAAUUAAAAUUAUGUUGCUUCUAUAUUGUAUAUCCAUGAGGUUACAGGAUUACAUUGAUUUAUUGUUAUUAUAAUAAACUUAGUUAAUCAAAAAUUACAAACAUAAAGUGAUGAAAACAAUAAAUAGUAUAAUAAAGUUAAAAACUACACUUAUAAUAAGAGCAUUUUGAAUGUUUGCAAGAAAAUGCAAAUUCCAAAGUUACACACAAAGAAUAAUUAUACUCAAGAAUCACCAAUGCCUCUCAAAAUAGAAAAAACAUUAAAUAGUGUAACACUACUGGGAAGAGUUGGUGCUGAGCCUCAAAAACGGGGAUCUGAAGAUCAUCCUGUUGUUGUGUUUUCCCUAGCUACUCAUCAAAAUUAUAUUCAAAAUAAUGAAAAUACUCAAAAAACUGAAUGGCAUCGUGUAGUUGUUUUUAAGCCUGGUUUGCGAGAUUCUGUUUAUAAUUACUUGCAAAAAGGACAGCGUGUUUAUGUGAGUGGACGUCUUAUGUAUGGAGAACUUAAAGACGACUCUGGAAAUACUAGAACGACUGCAUCAGUAGCUGCUGAUGAUGUUAUAUUUUUUAACACAAAUAAUUAGUAUUUAUUUUUUUUUUAUAUAUAAAAAAAUGAAUAUCAUUUAUUUACACUUUUUUGUUAGUAUUUAUUAAGUGUAUAUUAUUAUUUUACUAUCAUAAAAUAAUUAUUUUGUAUUAUAUUGGUUAUUUUGUUCCAAUACCAAAAUUUUGAUGCUUUAAUUAACUAUAUGAGUUUGUAUAAAAAGAAUAAGACUGUGGACUACCUAUUUCUAAUUAUA